CAUAACCCAAAAACCAUAACUUUUAUCUACCAAAAAAAAAAAAAAAACAUACAUUUUUAUUCUUUAUACACAUCUUGGUAAUGCACAUUUUCUAUCGAACAGUUAAAUUGAGCAUACCAUUAAAUCCGGGAAAACUCAGCUGCAUAUUUUCUCUGCCGGGGAAAUUUUCCAACCCCAUAUAACUUUAACUACAUAGCUAGCUUCCUUCAACUCAUGGCUUGGCCUAGUAGUUCUAACCAUGGCCAUGGCUCUCUGUGUAUAACAUCACUGGUGUUGGGAUUGGUGGUGUUUAGUUUAGCUUCAGAGAGUUGCCAUGGCUUUGGAAAAUUCGGGUUCAACAUCCACCACAGGUUCUCGGAUCCAGUUAAGGGAAUUCUGGGCAUUGAUGAACUACCCCAUAAGGGAAGUCCUGAAUACUAUGCUGCUAUGGUUCACAGAGAUCGCAUAUUCCGAGGCCGUCGACUCGCCGGCGAUCAGAAAACGCCUCGGACUUUCGCCGACGGCAACGAGACUUAUCAAAUUGGUGACUUUGGAUUUUUGCAUUUUGCCAAAGUUUCGGUUGGGACACCACCUUUAUUGUUUCUGGUGGCACUGGAUACUGGCAGUGACUUGUUUUGGUUACCAUGUAAUUGUACCAGUUGUGUGCGCGGUUUAAAGACACAAAGUGGACAGGUAAUUGAUCUUAAUAUCUAUGAUCUUGAUGGGUCAUCCACAAGCAAAAAUAUUUUAUGCAAUAGCAGCUUAUGUAAACAAAAACAAUGCCCCUCAUCUGGCAGCAGUUGUCCAUAUCAAGUUGACUAUCUUUCAAAUGGUACUUCAUCUGCUGGAUUCUUGAUAGAGGAUGUGUUGCACUUAAUUACAGAUGAUGAUCAAGCAAAAGAUUCUGACAUACAAAUUACUAUUGGUUGUGGCCAAGUUCAGACUGGUUUGUUUCUAAAUGGGGCAGCUCCAAAUGGUCUAAUUGGACUUGGUAUGGAUGAUAUAUCUGUUCCUAGCGUCCUAGCCAAACAAGGGCUUAUUUCAAAUUCUUUUUCAAUGUGUUUUGGAUCUGAUGGUUCUGGAAGAAUCACCUUUGGGGAUAGUGGCAGCUUGGACCAAGGAAAAACACCAUUCAACCUCGGGGCAUUGCAUCCAACUUAUAACAUCACCAUUACCCAAAUUAUUGUGGGAGGAAAUGUUGCUGAUCUUGAGUUUGAUGCAAUUUUUGACUCUGGUACAUCGUUUACAUACCUAAGCGACCCGGCUUAUACACAAAUUGCGGAGAAGUUCAAUUCACUAAUCAAAGCAAAUCGGCAUUCAUCUCAACCAUCUGAUUCUAAUAUUCCCUUUGAAUACUGUUAUGACAUUAUAAGUUCAAAUCAAACAAUUGAAGUUCCCUUGAAUCUAACUAUGAAAGGUGGAGAUGAUUAUUAUGUCAUGGAUCCAACAGUACUAGUUUCUAGUGCGGUUGAAGGAAAUCUUACUUGUUUGGGAAUCCAGAAAAGUGACAACAUUAAUAUCAUUGGACAAAAUUUCAUGACUGGUUACAAUAUAGUCUUUGAUCGUGACAACAUGAAUCUUGGUUGGAAGGAAUCUAAUUGUUAUGCUGACGUGGUCUCCAAUAAACCAUCGCGCUCUCCUGCUGUUUCUCCUGCCAGUGCUGUGAAUCCUGUGGCUACAGACCCAUCACAAAAUUCUGGGAGGCUUUCACCUAAUAGCUCAUUUAGGAUGAAACCUUCUUUUGCAUUUAUGGUGGUCUUUUUUACACUUUUAGCAAUUUUUUGAGCAUUCCUCUGUCCAUUCCAUCUUGUAUUAAUCAAAUUAAUAGGCUUUUUAGUGUAGUUGAGCACACGAGAAGCAUUGUUGCUUCCUGAUUUAUUUGUUUAUUUUUUAGUCUUAAUAACAUUAAUUUGAUCAUGGGCUUGUAUAUAAUGUGCCCUGCAUAGUUUGUAAACUAUAGAAAUUUCCAUUCUUACAUUAUACGUUAUAUGGCAGUUGAUUGGCAUCACU